CUUCGUUGAUAAACUCCUUCGACUAUCUCUCUCUCUCUCUCUCUCUCUCUCUACCCUUCCUUCCCUUGAUUGAUAAGAGCUCUCUCUCUCUCUCUCUCUCUCUCUCACAAUCGAUCUUCUUCACCCGCUUCAACUUCUUCUAAACUCCCAUAAUAAGCUUCAAAUUCCUCCUCCUCAUCAUCAUCAUCAAAUUACUCUCACUCUUCAUUCUUCAAUUGUGAAUCUUCAAUACCUCUAUUUGUGUAUAUUCAUCCGUAGAUCCGAUUCGUUCGCCUUCAGAUCUUCUUCAGGUUUCUUCUCUGAAGAAUUGGAUUUGCUAUUUAAAAGGGGGUUGUUUGCUAUUCAAAAGAGGUUGCGGCGCAGCUUGUUGCCCUUUACAUGCCAUUCUUGUGUAAUUUUCCUGACGUUAAAUGAAAGAGGAUUUUGGUUUGAUUUGACGAGAAUAAUAAGUUAGUCUAUGAUCUUAAUCAGAUGCGAAUACUUAGAAAAGAGGUCUUGAUGAGAUGAGGUAUGAUAUCUGGGUUCAUGAACUUUUUGUGGGCUUGUUUCCGGCCACGUUCCGACAGACAUGUUCACAACGGUUCUGAUUCGGGUGGUCGUCAAGAUGGUCUCUUAUGGUACAAGGAUACAGGACAUCAUUAUAAUGGAGAUUUCUCCAUGGCUGUAGUUCAAGCUAAUAAUUUAUUAGAGGAUCAGAGCCAGCUUGAAUCGGGGUGUUUAAGCUUGCAAGAAUCGGGACCUUAUGGCACCUUUGUAGGAGUGUAUGAUGGGCAUGGAGGUCCUGAGACGUCACGCUUUAUUAAUAGUAACUUAUUUCAACAUCUCAAGAGGUUCACUUCAGAGAAUCAAUCAAUGUCAAUGGAGGUAAUUAAAAAGGCUUUUCAAGCAACAGAAGAGGGUUUCCUCUCUAUUGUAUCGAAACAGUGGCCAAUGAAACCACAAAUAGCAGCUGUUGGAUCAUGCUGUCUUGUUGGAGUUGUGUGUGGCGGGACCCUUUACAUUGCUAAUCUUGGAGAUUCUCGAGCUGUUUUGGGAAGGCAUGUGAAGGCGACUGGGGAAGUUCUUGCAAUUCAGCUCUCAGAGGAACACAAUGCAUGUAUAGAGUCUGUGAGACAGGAGUUGCACUCCGCGCACCCAGAUGACUCGCAGAUUGUAGUCUUGAAGCAUAACGUGUGGCGGGUAAAAGGUCUUAUACAGAUUUCAAAAUCCAUUGGUGAUGUAUACUUAAAAAAGGCGGAAUUCAAUAAGGCACCUUUGUAUGCUAAGUUCCGCCUGCGUGAACCGUUUCAAAGACCGAUAUUGAGCUCAGAUCCAUCUGUUUCGACGCACCAGCUGCAGCCACAUGAUCAGUUUAUCAUAUUUGCUUCAGAUGGCCUCUGGGAGCACCUAACCAAUCAAGAAGCUGUUGAUAUUGUUCAGAAUCACCCACGCAACGGAAUUGCUAAGAGACUAGUAAAAGUUGCAUUGCGCAAAGCAGCAAAGAAGAGGGAAAUGAGAUACUCUGACUUGAAAAAGAUCGAUCGUGGGGUCCGCCGUCAUUUCCAUGAUGACAUCACAGUGGUCGUUCUCUUUCUCGACUCGAACCUCACGAGCAGGGCUAGCUCUGUUAGAGCACCUAAAGUAUCUGUGAAAGGAGCAGGAGUAAACCUGCCUUCAAACACACUUGCUCCCGGCCCCACCUGAUGGUCUCCUUAUCUCUACUAUACAUAUACAGAUACCGUCUCUAUAUAUUUCUCUCUAAUUUUAAAAUUCUUGUACUAUUUCCAGUGUGAAUAUCUCCCCAAAAAGAAAAACAAGCAAGGCCAAGGUAGCCUCUUGUGAAUGGUCAAAGCGGCAAACUGGUGCUCCGUGGUUCCUUGGCUCUGAGCCAAGCCUAGGUAGUUUCUUGUCAAAGGUCAGAACCUGGCAACCCCGGCGCACCAUGGUUAGCCAUGCUUUAAUUGCUUUGAGCAAAAGGCAAAAAUUCUUUAGUCGGGAGUACUAAUACCAGAACUUCACAGAAGUGUUGUUUAUUUCUUUUUUUGGCGGUAUUCUCAACUUAAAUGCCCGUUUUUACCCAAUUUGUGUCGGUGUUGACUUUUAA